GCGCAUGCGCUCGGCAGUCACGCGGGAGGCCGCUAGCCCCGCGCUCACGCCCCUCAGCCGCCCUCUGGCGGUGCCAGCGGCGGCGGGCGGGACGGCCUGGGGGCGGAUCCCAGCACUACGGGGCUCGGGAGCGGCCGCAGGUCGGUAUGGCGGCUGCCGUUUCCAGUCCGGAGGUGGCUGCUGAAGGACAGGAGCCUUUGCUGGGUCCCGGAGGGGCGGAGGAGGAGGAGGAGGCGAGCAGGGAUGUUGUGGAAACACAAGAGCACUAUAAGAGCAGGUGGCGGUCCAUCUGGAUUAUGUAUCUUACUAUGUUCCUCAGUAGUGUGGGUUUCUCAAUUGUAAUUAUGUCUGUGUGGCCAUAUCUCCAAAAGAUUGAUCCAACAGCAGAUGCGAGUUUCUUGGGCUGGAUUAUAGCUUCAUAUAGCAUUGGCCAAAUGAUCGCCUCUCCCCUCUUUGGCUUCUGGUCCAAUUACAGGCCAAGGAGAGAACCUCUUGUUGUUUCAACUGCCAUUUCUGUAGCUGCUAAUUGUCUUUAUGCCUACGUCCAUGUACCUCAUUCACACAACAAAUACUACAUGCUGACUGCACGUGCUCUUGUGGGAUUUGGAGCAGGAAAUGUGGCUGUAGUUCGAUCGUAUAUUGCGGGUGCCACAUCUCUUACAGAAAGAACAAGUGCCAUGGCCAACACCAGUGCCUGCCAAGCAGUUGGGUUCAUAUUAGGACCAGUUUUUCAGACAUGUUUUACACUUAUUGGAGAAGAAGGAAUAACAUGGAAAUUAGUUCGUCUUCAGCUGAACAUGUAUACGGCACCAGUUUUAUUUGGAGCUCUCUUAGGAGUAAUUAAUAUUGUUCUCAUCUUUGCCAUAUUCAGAGAGCAUCGUGUGGAUGACAUGGGACGUCAAUGCAAAAGUAUCAAUUCUGAAGGAGAAGGAAGUGGUGGUGUGGAUCAGGACCCAGAAGGAAAUGUUGACCAUGUUGCUGUGGUAGCAAUCAAUUUUCUUUUCUUUGUCAUCUUGUUUGUGUUUGCUGUCUUUGAAACUAUAGCAACUCCGUUGACAAUGGAUAUGUAUUCAUGGACCAGGAAACAAGCUGUUUUUUAUAAUGGAAUAAUCCUUAGUGUGGUUGGCAUUGAGUCAGUUAUUGUUUUCAUGGCGGUUAAAGCACUAUCUAAAAAGACUGGUGAACGUGCCAUACUCCAUGGAGGCUUACUGAUUGUCUUGGUUGGAUUCUUUAUCUUACUGCCUUGGGGGAAAAAACUGCCAAAUAUUCAGUGGCAAGAAAUAAAGAAUAACUCAAUUCCCAGAACUUCCAUUGACACAUUAAUGCCUUUCUGGACUUUGGAAGCGAUGGAGCCUCCAUCCAACCACACAGUGGAACCCGUAGGCUGCCCCGUCACACAGUCCUGGUGCCUGAAUACUCCUAUGAUCUAUCUGGCCCAGUAUAUCAGCUCUGACAUCCUAAUAGGAUUGGGCUAUCCAGUGUGUAAUGUCAUGUCCUACACUUUAUACUCAAAAAUUCUAGGACCAAAGCCUCAGGGUGUCUACAUGGGAUGGUUAACUGCCUCUGGAAGUGGAGCACGAAUACUUGGGCCUGUCUUUGUGAGCCAAAUAUACACUCACCUGGGACCACGCUGGGCAUUUAGCUUAAUCUGUGGAGUAGUUGUAGUCUCCCUCUUACUCUUGGAGAUAGUAUACAAGAGACUUAUUGCAUUUUCUGUCAGAUAUGGAAGGAUGCAAGAAGAGAAUUGUUAAAUAAGUAUUUUAAAAAGCAACAACAAAAGUAAACUCAAACAGAAAUAAUACUUAGUUUAUUACUGCUUUUUAACAAGGAGUACCUAACCAAUGACCUUGUUGGCUGUAUGCUAAGAACUGUAGACCUGUACUUACACACUGACAGAACAUGAUACUUGGUCAUAUCUUAACCGAUGUUUACACCUGCUGCAGUAGAGCUUUUGUGUUCUGCUUUCCUAGCAGCAGCAGAAGGGAUGUGAACAAGUUAGGUCAAUACAAUGGCACAUUUGAAGUGUGUAUAGUUCAAAUGACGUGUCUGUGUACUGAAUGCAGCUGUGAAGGUCACAGGUUAAGUGCGUUCUUUUCAGAAAGAAUGAAAAUAAAUAUUAUCUUGAUUCUGUGAAUCAGGAUUAGUAACUCUUUUGUAACUACAAGAUUAGUUGAGCUGCAUGCACUUUGUAUGAAAACAUCAUUUCUUAAGUGAACCUCCUGAUGUUGUUUGCUAGCUUGUAAGCACUGGUUAGUACAAAAUGUCUCAUUUUGGAAACUUACAUAUCUAUAACAAAUCUCCUCCAGGAUUUAAAAUGCAAUGUGACAGAAUGGUAGAGGAAGGUGGGUGCCUACUUCACAAGCAGUUUAUUUGGAAUUUGGGUAUUUAAGUUGGUUAAGAGCCAUUGAAAAUCACAGUCUCAGUGGUUGUUACUUGAACUACAGGAAAUCAUAUGUGCAGUUUUUCUUCUACUGUUUUGUCGAGUGCCUUUUUGUAACAAGAAAGAGAACCUGCACAGAGUUGAAUUACAUACAGUUCCCAGAAGGAAAUACUAAGCAAGGUAGUUUACACUUUUGUUUGUCAUUUGUGAGAAGGAACCAACUGUGCUGAGUGACCAGGGUUGGUGAAGUUAAAAAGGAGAAAACUGGCUCCUGGUGUUGACUGUUAUGUGUAGACUUAUUUUUUCUGAUAAUACGGUACAAGAAACAGGAAUUUACAAUGUUUGAAUAAUUCAGUGUUUAUUUUAAAUCGUGAAAGAAUAAAUUUCCUUCAUAAUGGGGCCUAGAAUCAUCUGUAUGGAUUGAUCUGUUUCAAUACUACUGAGGAAAAAAAAAUCUGGAAUAACUCCAGUAUGAGAGUUAUAGCUGCUGUUUAAUGUGUCUAAUGUUUGAUGCUUACUGAAUUUAGUACAUGUAAUUAAAUAUUCCUAUUUGAUUGUUCAAACACUAAAAGACUAUUGAGUUAAAAGAUUUUUUUUUAUAUACUGGCUGAAGGGAAUACAGAAGUUGUAUUCUCCCUUGUAUUUCUGCUGCAGGAUUGCAAGAUGUUAUAAGAAAGAACUUUGCUUUUAUAAGCAUUUAUUUUAUAUGCUAAUUUGUAAUAAAUAGUACCAGAAAUACUGUGUUUUGGUGGUGAAAACAGACUGCAAAAGGAAGUGCCCAGAGCUACAGCAAUGGAAAGUUACUUCAGUUAUGAGAAAUUGGUGCUACUUUGAAAAUGAGAAACGGAAGUCUUCAAAAUGGUUACAACAUGAUUACAACCCAGUUUGUGUUGAAUGUCUGGACAAAGUAUGUAUGUUUGGGGGGGGUUAUUACUGUUGUUCUUCAAGCUAGCUAACUUCUAACUUAGGAGUGAGAAAAUGUUUGGGUACAUGGAGGGAUUAUUGUAGUGUUAACUUAUUUAAAGGGUUAAGAAUAAAACUAGAUUCAAGACUCUUCUUCAGUUAAUACCUAUGGAAUACAGAAUACCCAUGGAAAGGAGGGUAGCCUGUGCAUGUUAAUAGUAUACAUAAUAAGUAAAAUAAGAAAGCAAGGUUUGAAA